AUGAAAGAUAAGUCUCAAGAUCUCAUCGUUGAGACAUCGAACAAACUUGUAACACAACCACGAAUCUACACGAUGUCUGUGUGGUUCAAUGUUGUCACCGUGCUGAUAUUUCUGUUGUCAGGCUCAUACGCGAAAUUUACAUUAAACCAACCACCGUUGCUUUCCAUUGUCCUGGGAAGGAAUGUCGAAAUAAGCUGCACACUGUUCGGGGCCAACUUGGGAAACGCAGAUAUAGACUGGUACCAGCAAAAAUCUCAGAAUGCUCCUCGAUAUAUUCUGCAUCAUAAUACUCAAACUGUGAGUAAGGGCUCUGAUACUCCAGAUCGUUUCUCUGGAAGGAGUAACUCGUCAAACAACGCUAGAUAUUUAACCAUCAGCCAGGUACAAUCGGAGGAUGAGGCAAACUACUACUGCGGGGUUUGGGUUGCCUCCUCCAAAUUGUAUAUAUUUGGGACCGGGACCAAGCUGACUGCUCAGGCCAGAGAGUCGUCCCGCCCUUCGGUAUCCCUUCUCCCGCCGUCUCCCGAUCAGAUCUCCGCAGCAAAGACGGCGACUCUGGUAUGUUUGGUGAAUAAUUUCUUUCCUGGUUCGGUGGAAGUUUCGUGGAGCGUUGACGGCAAGAUCAGGGACAAAGGUGUCCAGACGACUCAGGCCGUGCGGGACACCGAGCAGACAUAUAGGAUGAGCAGCUAUCUGACCCUGACCGCCGCCGAGUGGAACUCACACGAAGUGUACACCUGCGGGGUUACACAUAAGUCUCUCGGGUCUCAACUUCAGCAAAGUAUCAAGAGAUCAGGCUGCGAGUGA